AUGGAAUCAACAGUCUCCUCCUUCUUCCUCCUCCUCCUCCUCUGUUUCCUCCACCGUUCUUCAGUCACGAUAUCAACCCCACCACCCACUUCAACCUCUACUUUCCCUAAUGAAGCUCUGCCCACAAAAUCAGGCUACCUGCCAGUCGAACCCAAAACCAACUCAGCAAUUUUCUACACUUUCUAUGAAGCUCAACGCCCAACUUCACCGCUCUCUCAAACCCCACUUCUCAUCUGGCUCCAGGGUGGUCCUGGCUGCUCCUCCAUGGUUGGAAAAUUCCUCGAACUAGGCCCUUAUCGUGUUGUUUCUGAUUCUGAAGAACAAAACAUCACUUUUCAACCCAAUCUAGGAUCUUGGAACCACAUUUUUGGCCUCGUUUUCAUUGAUAAUCCUAUAGGAACUGGAUUUAGUAUUGCCUCUAAGCCUGAAGAGAUACCAAGAGAUCAAAGCACUGUUGCUAAGCAUCUCUUUGCUGCAAUAACUAGGUUUCUAGAAUCAGAUCCAAUGUUCAAGACUAGGCCGAUUUAUAUAACAGGUGAGAGUUAUGCAGGGAAGUAUGUUCCCGCAAUAGGGUAUUACAUUUUGAAGAAGAAUAUGAAGUUGCCUGUGUCAAAGCAGGUGAAUCUGAAAGGUGUUGCUAUAGGAAAUGGAUUAACAGAUCCUGUGAGACAGGUGAUGACUCAUGCUGUGAAUGCUUAUUUUUCUGGUUUCAUCAACGAGAGACAGAGGAGGGAAUUGGAGGACGGCCAAAGGGAGGCAGUUAAGUUAGUUAAAACGGGGAGUUGGAGUGAGGCGACAAAUGCAAGAAGUAGGGUCUUGAAUUUAUUGCAAAACAUGACAGGGUUUGCAACUUUGUAUGACUUUACUAGGGGAGUGCCUUAUGAGACAGGGUUGGUUACCAAGUUGUUGCAAUCUGUUGAGGUUAAGAAGGCACUAGGUGCAAAUGAAUCUAUAGUUUUUGAGCAUUGUAGUAAAAUGGUGGAGGCAGCAUUGCAUGAAGAUUUGAUGAAGAGUGUUAAGCAUAUGGUGGAAUUCUUGGUCCAGAGGACUAAGGUAUUGCUGUAUCAAGGGCAUCUUGAUUUGAGAGUUGGUGUGGUUUCCACUGAGGCUUGGCUGAAGACAAUGAAAUGGGAGGAAAUAGGGAAGUUUUUGAUGGCUGAAAGGAAGAUAUGGAAAGUGAAUGGUGUGCUUGCUGGGUAUGUGCAGAAGUGGAGGAGUUUGAGCCAUGUUUUGGUGUUAGGUGCUGGGCAUCUUGUGCCUGCUGACCAGGCAUUGAAUUCUCAGGCUAUGAUAGAGGAUUGA